GUAUAGUAUUAUCUGAUGUGUAUUAACUUCUGCCUUCUCUUUGAUACUUGGUACUUAGUUCUCAAGCUUUUUCGAGAACGUUUUUCGGCUUGCUGCACAUUCCAAUGUUCUCAGGGCCCUGGAGCUAUUCAGAUUUCCCCUCCCCUAUCCCCAUUCCGCCACAAGCUCCUGCGCCUUUGAGAAGACUCCACAUUCUCGUGAGGAUGCGGGUCCUUCGAGAAAGCAUGGACAGAGGAAAUUGGGAAGAUCACAUCCUUUUUCGCUCACCACCCAAAUCCAUGAGCAUCAUGCUGUCAAAGAUUGCCAAGUUUCAAUCUUUCGACGAAACACUUGAUGCCUUGCAAAAGGAUGAAGGUUUGAGAUCGAAGAGUUCAAUGUCCUGCUUCGAGCCUUCUGCACUCAGAGAGAAAUGAAGGAAGCUAGGUAGUUUGCAUACCGUGUCCUAAUCAAUGCAUACUGUAAAAGAAAGGUUACUUCAGCGAUGCAAGGAAAUGAUCGACAGCAAGUCAACUAGUUUGUGCCUCAAGCAAAGAACUUCUGUUAUGUUGAUGAAGUUCUUCUUUGUGAAUGGUCGAGUCUAUAUGGGUCGGAGUUGUAGAAUUAAUUUAUUCCCAACAGUAUGUAAAUGAGCAUUAUCCAACAUGGUUAAAAAGAAUUAAAAAAAAACGCCAUAAAAUAGCUAAUGGGUUGUUUGGAUGAGGGAGCAGAGGACUAUACUUCUGUCGUUUGAAACCGGAGUUUAAGAAAUUGCACAAGAAAGUCAGAUUAAUCUUUAUUUUCAAAUUUACAUCCAUUUUGAUAAUAUUAUGGAACAAAAAAUUCGAGAAAUUAUUACAAAUCUAUACUGUGGUUGUAAUGUUUGGUGGUAGAGAGUACUCAUCUCCACCAUGCCCUGUCUAUACUGUGGUAAAAUAUGAGGAAAUGAAAGUAAGUUCUAAGUAAUUUAAAUAAAAUUACAUAUAAUUUAGACAAAAUUAGGUAAAGAAUGAGAUGGCUCAGGUAAAGUCGUAGAGAGUACUCAUCUCCACCAUGCCCUGUCUACGAGGAGAAUAUUACUCGACCAAAACAACAGAGUGUGUAAAACGGAUUAGAUCAAAAUUGCAAUCUUUAAUAAGGAAUUUGGUUUCGAAAAAUUUAUUAGAUAAUUAGGUUAAAAUCCUCACUUAAAAACCCACUCGGAUAAUUUGUACCAAGUCAUUGGUUGCAAACCCAUGAGCCCAACAACAAAAGGCCAAACCUUCGCCGACCCCAAUAACAACAAGCCCAACGCAAAAUUCCUCUCUUUAGAGAUCCAUUCCAGCAGCAAACCACUGAACCGACGGCGAGUGCUUCACUGCAACUCGCAAACCUUUCUCCCGCCGGCCGCCGGUUAUUGUUGUUGGCUGUCGGUAUCUCUAAUCGCCGUCGUCACAUUAACACCGGUUCAGCAGCUGGCCAUGGCAAGGACGACGAUCCUUAACAACUGCAUCAUCCAUCGAAACAACUGCUCUCGAUUUCAUCGACGAAGGAAAGCCGGUACGACUGAAUCCCCUUAUUCUUCUUCUUCUUCUUCUUCUUCUUCUUCUUCUUCUUCUUCUUCUUCUUCUUCUUCUUCCGCAGCUCCUCUCCCGUCUUACGUCGACUCCAGCGUAGAUGAUGCCGUGGAUUCAUUUAACCGUAUGAUCCGUAAGAAUCCCAGGCCUUCCGUUGUGCAAUUUAACCAUUUAGUGUCUUCUCUUCUGAAAAUGAACGCCUUCCAGGCUGCCUUCCAUGUGUUCGAAGAAAUGGAAUCAGCUGGAAUUCCCUUUAACAUUUGCUCGCUUAACAUGUUGAUUCGUUGCUUCUGUAAACUGGGUCGUGUGGAUUUUGCGUAUUCAGUUCUGAGCAAAGCUCUGAAGCUUGGUCUUCAACCUGAUGUUGUCACGUUCAAUACAUUGAUUGAUGGGCUGUGUAAAGCUGGUAAAGUCGUCGAUGCUGCGAAGCUGGUUCAUAAGAUCAGGAUUCUGGGCUAUCCAUUGGAUGUGUUCGCUUAUAGCGCGAUCAUUUGUGGGCUCUGUAAGGCAGGACGAACAAACGCCGGACUUGAAUUGCUUCGGAAAAUGAAGGAGUUAGGCUGUCAACCCAAUGUGGUUAGUUAUAGCACAGUGAUCGAUAGCCUCUGCAAGGAUGGAAUGGUGUCGAAAGCUUUAGAUGUGUUCUACGAUAUGAAGGAGAAAGGUAUUUCGCCGAAUGUUGUUUCUUACAAUUGCUUGAUUUAUGGUUUAUGUAUUUCAAGGCAAACGAAUGGAGCUAUAAUGUUGUUUGAGGAAAUGAUAGCAAACAACAUCAUGCCUGACGUAGUUACUUUUAACAUAAUGAUUGAUGCUUUCUGUAAGAAGGGAGAUGUUCUGAAGGCUAAGGUUAUGAUCCAAAUGAUGAUUCAAAGAGGAUUGGUUCCGAAUGUCAUCACAUACAGUUCAUUGAUGGAUGGGUAUUGUUUGCGCAACGAGUUAGACGAAGCUAGAAGAGUACUUGAUUUCAUGGUCAGCAGGGGAUGCAAGCCUAGUUUGUAUAGUUAUAGUAUUAUGAUCCAUGGAUAUUGUAAUGAUUCAUGCCUGCCAGGUCAUGUUGACGCCGCAUUGGCUCUGUUUCAAGCAAUGGAAAGCAGUCGGUUGAAGCCUAAUGUUGUUCUGUAUAAUACUCUUAUCGGUGGUUUAUGGAAAGCCGGUAGGGCUCAAGAAGCAAGGGACAUGUUUGCCAGGCUCUCUAAAGACAGUUGUUUGCGGCCUGAUAUUUUCACAUAUAGCAUAACAAUUGGUGGACUUUGUAGCCAAGGUUUGGUAGAUGAAGCAUAUGAUCUGUUCAGAAAAAUGGAACUGGAUGGUUGUCUGCCUAAUAGUUUCUGCUAUAACACUAUUAUUCACGGAUUUCUUCAUCACAAGGAUCCACUUGAAGUAGUGGCCCUUAUUCAGGAGAUGGUUUCUAAAGGUUUCUCAGCUGACACAACCACGAUGUCCUUGCUUAUACAGGUAUUGCCCAAAGAAAAGUUGGAUCAUCCGCUUGUCCAAAAGCUGCUGAAUGGUCCACAGAUAUCAACAUUCGGGAAAUAGGGUCUAAUUGUCUAUCAGCAGCUGCAACUUCAGGUGCUUGUUGAAACUUGUUGAAAUUGUCCUCUGGAGUCAAUUGGAUCAUCCAGUAGUGUGGACAAAACUCUUCCAGUCAAGAACAUCCCAAACCUUAAUGCUUUGUUCAACUGACAUCUACGCGAAGCAUUGUAUGAUGCGUGGAACUGAAGCUAUGACUCUUGAUCGGCACCAUUCUCGCUUACCUGUGUGUUUCGUGCAUUGGUGUGCCUUUUUCCUCAGCUUCCUGAUACAUGGAAAGGACUGAUCUCAGUGUGCUGCAUACUUGUUUCUCUCUUCCAUGAAAGGAUGGGUGUGGUAGGUUAUUUAUCUGAGAGGGAACUCUGAUAGAUGAUUGCUACCACCCAUGAAAUCCAAAACUAUGUAAGUUUUAUCCAUAUUGUGGUAUAAACAAAAAAAUGGAAAGCUUAUCAAUGAGUACAAUAUAUGUUUUUAACAGAUCAAUUCUCGACAUGAUCUUGACUUUGUCUAGCUUCAGUGCAGAAUUGGGUUAUGCAGCUACAUUGAGCUCAUAAGUCAUAACAGAUGCCAUCGAGCCUUUCCCGGGUACUAAAAGAGAGAAACAUUGAGCUUUGCUGGAUUGAAUAUUAUUAACCCAAUUAGUUGCCUAGUUGUUGUUCAAUUUUUGUUCAUAUUGAAAUAAACUGAAAUAGAUAAGGAGUUGCUCAUCGAUCCACACAGUUGUCCACGUACCAGUAGAAGAUUCAGCAGCUAUCGCAACCCCCGCUUCCUCAGGCGGAACUUCUGGUUGAGGAGUUACUCGGAAUGCUGCCAAGAUAUCAGUAUCUUUGGUUUCGUAGUCAGGAGUUAUUGAGUUCUUAGCAUACCACGCACUUCUGUAAAUAAACUCACUCAUUUAUUGAGUUCUUUGCCUAAGCGGAUCUUUUCUGAUGAGAUUCGUGUCUAGGCUUCCCUUUUCUUUUUUCUGCUUAGCACAGUAUUAUCUAAUGUAUAUUUCAUAAAAACUCUUUGGUGAUUUUAACCCGACUCAAAUGAACCGAUCUAUCUCGAUUUCUCAAAUAUGAAUCUACUCUACUUGUAGGUAGUUUGAAGCAAAAUAAAAUGAGUGACAAAGUACCUAACUUAAUCUGCACCGAUCAUAAAAUAGAUAUAACGUAAAAAAAACUCGUAUCGUCCCGCCUCAUUGCCAUUCCUUCCGGCAAUGAUACCGAGCACUUCUAGUAUGCUAUAUAGCAUCGAUGCUUUAAUGUACGACUUAAAAUUAUACCAUAACAUUAAAUGUAUAAGUUUAGGUUGUACCAUAAAAGAAUUUGUAUCAUUAUGUUAUGGUAUUACUUUACAACUUGAAGUUGUACCAUCAAAUAAAUGUAUAAGUUCAAG